AAAAAUAAUCAAAACUGAAAACUUUAAAAAUUCAAAAGUUUGAAAAACUAAAUCAGUCCAUUUUACUGUUUUUCUUUUAUCAGCCCGUCUUACGACUAGACAAGCAAGUGAAGCAAGUGAGAUGCUUUGAAUACUGCAUAUAGGUUUACUUAUCAAAUUAAUUAAAUACCUAGAAGAAGGCUUUAGUAAUAUUUACCCGGCCUAGAGUAGUAAUCUCCGUGUCGUCGAUUUCUGCAUAGUACCACCAUUAUAUUAUCACGGAACUAAAUAAUAAGAUAAGUAUACUCGACAUGCGGGAGGUAGAGGCAGAUAUGGUAACAGAGUGUCGUGAGGGUGUGAUACAUGAUAUCUGGAUCAUGUUCUUCACCCCCUGUUGGCCAUAAUCCAAUUCAAGCCCAUGUUAGCUCGCCAAUUCCGAGUGACGGAUCAAGUUUAUUUAGAUAUCGAGAAUGAAGAGACAAAGCUGGGGCGGGUUGUCAUUGGUCUAUUUGGAGACUUAGCACCAAAAGCUGUUAGAAACUUCAAAGUCUUGGCAACCAAAGGAAUCAAUGGAAAGUCAUAUAAGGGAACUCAUUUCAAUAGAAUAGUCAAAAGAUUUAUGGUUCAAGCCGGUGAUGUGGUGUUGGAUAAUGGCAAGGGAUCUAUCAGUAUAUACGGUGAAACAUUUAAAGAUGAAAACUUGGACACCAAACACACUCUGGCAGGAUUUGUGUCCAUGGCAAAUAAUGGCAAAAACACAAAUGGAUGUCAGUUUUUCAUAACUCUAACUGGAGCACCUUAUCUGGAUGGCACUCACACAGUGAUUGGGAAGGUGGUGGAAGGGCAGAACAUCGUGCACAUGAUCGAGCACACUCCCACCGACAGCGACGACCGUCCCAAGUACCGCGUCGUGAUAGCGGACUGCGGCCUGCUGCCUACUGAACCUUACUACAUUUCUGAUGACCCAUACGAUCUGAAGGCGUGGAUUAAAGCAUCUGCCCUGCCGCUGUCGAUGUCCUUCUCGAUCCUGGGCUUCUUCCACUGGCUCAUGAGGAAGAUGGAGAUAUAGGAGCAGCUUCAGAAAACAACAUCGGUAGUACUUUUAAACUUUACUGUUAAACUUACAAAUGUAACUUAUAGGUAUAUAAAUUAUUUACAUUUAAUACAGACGUUGCAUUAUCGCAA